ACUCUCACCGAGAUGCAUUGUGGGGGAAGUCGUUGCCAUUCGACCUCUGCAGGGCCUGCGCGGACGCAGACAGAACCCUGAAAUUCAUUAUGCCUUCAAAACCCCUAUUUAUUUCCGCAUAACCUACAUACUCUUACCAGGAGCGGGGGGCUAAAAAACAGGUCAUUUCAUGCGGAAUACGUUUUUGAAAAGAGUGGAGGACGCUUAGCCGGUUAGGAUCUUUUUCGUUGAGGAAGUAUAUAGAUUGUCAUUUAUUUUAAGAAAAUGUCCGGAGAGCGAAACCGCAGGUCGCUGGCUUUCCGAGGAGGUGGAUUAGCCAUCACCGGUGCCAGUGCUGUCGGAGGAGGCAGCAACGGGAACAGCAGGGAGGCCCCGGCCUGUCAAGAGCGACAUUUGAACGGGGACAAGCCGGAUCAAGAGGACGAUAGGGAUUUGGGGGCGAAAGGACCAUCGCUGGGGAAAGUCGAGGGUGGGGGGUCCGUGAGCGACAGCACGGAGCCGGAGGAGGACGAGGACCCGGAAGGGGGUAAUUUAUUUAACGACAAAGGCGCUUUAAACAACGUCAUGGUUAAAACCGAGAGCUCCGAUGGUGCUUGUAGGUGGGCGACGGGCAACGGCGUGAAGCGGGAGGACGGUGGCACGGGAGCGGACGAGGAAGCGGGUGCCAGGAAGCCCUUGGUGGAGAUGAGACCACAGACGCAGUUGCUGAAACACUCGCUCUUCCAAGCCUCCUGGUUGCAGGAGUUUCCCUGGCUCAGAUUUUGCCAGGAGACGGGGCUGAUGUCUUGCUCUUGGUGCCAUAACAUCGCCACUAGCAACAGCGACGAGUUGGUGAAAGGCAGUCGGAAUUACAAGCGGGCCUUGCUGCUGAGACAUCACCUGUCCUCGGAGCACGGCAGGAAUGACCCGACCAAACAGGAGAUGGAAAGGCCAGAGGACACGGAGAGCCCAGAGGUGGAGGACUACAGUAGCAAGCCCAACGAGAAUUCCUACUGCUAUCAGCUUCUGCAAGAGCUGGACAAGCAGCGCAAGAGCGGCAUACUCUGUGACGUCAACAUUGUGGUGAGCGGCCAGGUGUUCAGGGCACACAAGAACAUCCUGGUUGCUGGGAGCGGCUACUUCAAGACCCUCUACUGCCUGACAAAGAGCGAGAGCUGUGACCAAACUACAAUCACGCACUUGGACAUGGCGGCCGUGCAGGGCUUCUCCGUCAUCCUGGACUUCCUUUACUCUGGCAACCUCUUGCUCACCAGCCAGAAUGCCAUCGAGGUAAUGUCUGUUGCGAGUUACCUCCAGAUGACCGAGGUGGUCCAGUCCUGUCGUGCCUUCAUCAAAGAUGCCCUUAACAUCAGCAUCAAGCAGGAGGCCCCUGACUCUGUGGUGGUAGACUACAACAAACGGCGGAUGGUGGCAAAAGACUGCCAGGGUGCGGACAAGAAACCCAGCAACUUUUGGGCCACCAGCAUCCUGUCUAAGCUGUCCAUCAAGGCCAGCGGGCAAGUGAAGGAUGAACCGAGCGAUGUGGAGGUAUCUGGGGGAGAAGGCUGCGCGUUAGGGAGCUCUGGCUGGGGAGGGGAGAACUCCUCAGAGUCCACAGAGACAGAGCCACAGGGCCCGGGGACGGUGUUCGUCUGGAACGAGCCGAAUCCCGGAGCUGGGGCCAACGUCAAAAUGGAGGUGCGUCCGGAACCAGGCAGCGGCAGGCGGAAAAAACAGGCUGUAAAGCGCUUUGUGUACAAUAUCCCGCCAGAGCCGGAGGAGGGUUUUGAUGAGGGCAUGUUCAUCCAACCGUCUGCUUCCUACACGAGAGAGGACUACUCCUACUUCUCAGAAAAUGCUGGCGAUGCAUCUGAAAAUGCCCUCAAUAAGCUGAAGUGUCCCCACUGUAACUACAUUGCCAAGCACCGACGAACACUAAAGAGACACCUGAUCAUCCACUCAGGCGUGCGUUCCUUCAGCUGCGACAUCUGUGGGAAGCUGUUCACUCGCAGAGAGCACGUCAAGAGACAUUCCCUGGUGCACAAAAAAGAUAAGAAAUACAAGUGUAUGGUGUGUAAGAAGAUCUUCAUGCUGGCAGCCAGCGUGGGCAUACGGCACGGCUCUAGGCGCUACGGCGUGUGCGUGGAUUGCGCCGACUCCCACCAGGGCACGCAAGAGGGUCUGGAGGGCAUGCAGGACCUGGAGUUUGCCCGCGACGAAGACUUCGAGGAGCCCGGAGAGGGAGAUGAGGACAUGGAGGCAGAAGGGGAGGAGCCCAACGAGAUUGACCAAUCCAACUGCGAGGGUGACACUGGUGGCACCACCAAGGAGGACUAAUUUAAACAUAACCUGGUAGAAAAACAAAUCAAAAUGCAAAGAAAAAAAUAGCUGGGAAACAAUCAACUAUUCCAAAGUGCUAUCCAACCUCUUUGUUGCACGUGAAGUUAUGUCAAAGAGAUAAAUAGCUUUGUUAGAGAGAGGGACUCCAAUAUUUAAAGAUUGUUUUAUGUGUCAGAGUCUGGGCCUUGUGCCUGUCAGAGAAAGAGGUAUAAUGAUUUAUAACAAAAAAAAUCAGGUUUUUCUGUGGGUUUUUUUUUUUCUCUCUUUUGUAGGGGUUGAGGGUGUACAGCGUUUUUGAGUUACAAUAGGCCAAUCAUAUUAAAAGAAAUAUUAAUUAUUUAAUUUAUGAAGAAAGAUAUUAUGGUCUUAUGAAAUGAUAGAAUUAGAUUUGUUUUGUAUGUCUGCUUAUUUUGUUUCAGUUUAUAACUGCGCUUCCUGAAAGAUUUCAAGGUAUAUUGCUCAAGAGGAGUAUUUAGACAAAGGAGCAUUAUAGAAAUUUUGCCAACAGGAAGAUUUUUUUUGUGUGUGUUUCCUUUCUAGCUAAAUAUUGUCGUGAGAUUUUAUUAAAUAAAUAUAUAUUUUCCUUUCCCUGCACAAAUCUUGGAACCAAAAAUCUGUUUUGUGACUCUAAUUCACCACAGCCAUAUUUAUGAUUAAGUUAUACAGGGGCUGUUAGAUCGUGCCAAGCAGAACGCACACCAAGAUUUUGCAGGACACAAACUACUGAAAAUGCUGAGAGAACAUAAAGCAGAGAAAUAGAAAAAAAAAAAUAGCAUAAAAGAGAAAAUGAUAAAAUAUAAGGGGAAUAUAUUAUUGCUAGCUUUAUUUGAAUCACAGCAUCACAGUAACACUUUAUAAAGCAUUUUGACAUUCACUUAAAGCUUGAAUUUUGCCAAAUGAUGGAAAAGUUUGGUGCUGUAACGCUUUUAUUUUUUUAUUAUUUUUAAAUCCUGGACCUACAAGCUGAAUAUGAUGUUAAUAAUCGUAAAGCCUACUCAACUCAGUUAUACUAAUCAGCUUUGUACUUUACACUGUUGUGCUAAGGAGCCUAUCAGGUAUGCUUUUUCCGUUUUUAACGUCUUUUCUAUUAAAUGCACAUACACACUCAAACAUACCAUUUUUGUUGUUAAAACUACUGGCAGUACUUGUAUAGGUGGAACGACCUGAUGUCCUUGACCCUCCUGAGUUGGUUAGUGGUACUGAGUGUACUUUUAAUCACUUGAACGACCUGUGUAAUGUUUUUGAAGAAUGCAGAUCGAGAUUGAACGAGGUUGUUUGCAGUAGAUUCCCCCCAUAACAUUUGUGACGGUUUUUAUUUAGUUGAAGAGAUUAUUUUGACUUUUUUGUGUGUCUGCUGAGUGGAAAACACUUUGCUCAUGCUAUUGUAGAGUGGAAGGUCUAUGGUAACGCAUAGACGGGCACUUACUACUCUGCGUUCAAUAAUUUCUUAUUUCCCCAAAGCUGGUCUGGAUGGAAAUCGAUUUAAACUGUUGUGUUCUUAUUCCAUGCGGAACCUCUUUUUUGUUUCUUUUUUGACAUUUCAUUAUUUAAUGCUAUAUAUGUACUGACUCCAAAAUGCAAUCAAGACUGUUAAUUUCUAUAUGUCCUACCAAAAUCAUUGUUUAAUUGUUAAAAAAUAAUGUAUAAGAAAACCAGGUAAAAUAUUUAGUGUAGAUCCUUGCUCGUGUAUGUUGUCAGAAUUAAAUGUUUUUAUUCUAAAAUCAAUCAUUCACUUUACCCUUAGAUGCAUAUAUUGUUUUAAUUGUCCUUCCUUUUAAGCUUUUAUUUUGUUUUUGUUCAUUUGUUGUGUUUUUUUUUUUUUUUUUUAUUUUAAGCACAUAUUUUAUAAGAAAUAUUGUUUUUUGGUAGGAACAGGUGUUGCUGUUCAUAUGCAGUGGAUAUAUUUAAGUGCUAUACUGAUACAGAAAUAGUCUAUCUUUCCCUUUACUCGAGAUGAAAGUGUAAUUUAAAAGCUGUAUAAAAAAUAAAUCCUGUUUAUUACCUUCAGAUCACUGUGGGAGGGAUAUUAUAUACUGUACGUAUAUAUAUAUAUAUAUAUAUAUAUAUAUAUAUAUAUAUAUAUAUAUAUAUAUAUAUAUAUAUAUAUAUAUAUACAGUACUGUGCAAAAGUCUUAGGCACAUAAGAUGUUUCACAAAAGCAUUUGUCUUAAGAUGGUAAUUUAUAUCUUCAGCUUUAGUGUGUCAAUAGGAAAAAUACAUUUUAGACUCCCAAACAUUACUUUUGCAAAUAGAAAAGAUUAGAAUAGAAGAACAGGGAGCCCUGCAACAUAUGUCAUGGCCCCCACAAAGCCCCCCACUGAACAUUGUGUCAGUCUGAGAUUACAUAAAGAGACAGAAGCAAUUGAGACAGACUAAAUAGAUAGAAGAACUGUGGAGAAUUCUCCAAGAAGCUUGGUACAUCCUAUCUAACAAGAACCAAGAAAAACUGUGUCCAGGUGUACCUAGGAGAAUUGGAGCUAUUUUAAAGGCAAAGGUGGUCACACCGAAUAUUGAUUUAGCUUUUUUAUGUUUACUGGACUUUGAAUGCUGUUCAUUGAUAAAAAAUUAAAAAAAAAAACUAUUUAUCUCAUUAUUUUUGAAGACAUCCUCACUAUGCAACUUUUUUCACAAGUGCCUAAAACUUUUGCACAGUACUGUAUAAAGAAAUUUAAAUAGUUGAUUUAAAUGAUGGCACACCGCUGCAGUUAAAUGGUUUCAAACCUUGUCCUGGCUUUCACUUUCACUGAGGUUUUCUCAUUCUGUUCAUAUGUGCUCUUUCACCAUCAUGUUGUUUAUAAUUUUUCUUGUUUUGUCUGUGUAUCUGUUCAAUUCACAACAAUGUACUCUUUAGACUUAAUGCUGUAUAUGGACAUAACACACAAAAAAGAAAAGAAAAAAAAAAACACUACAGAUGAAGUUUUUUUCCAGCUGUAUUUUGUAAAAGCUGUUUCAAAGAUGUAUUUUUCAACUCUCUUACAGUGAUGCAAACAGGGCCAUGGGCUCACCUCGAACACAAAUCAAAUCAGGUUAUUCUUUUAAUGUUGUUGUUUUUUUCAAGGUUUUAAAUGAAUACAUUUUCCUUCUCUUUCAAUUGUACUACUGUUCCUCUAUUAUAACUUUUAAAAUAAAACUUUGAUAUUUCUC